CAUUGCAAUUUGCAUCCUCUGGGCCCUUUAGCUCAUUCAUGUGUUAUCACUGUUCGUGAAUGUAUCAUUGUUUCUGACAGAGACUCGAUGCAGCUAACGAUGACGACCACUUGAAUUUCUUGGACCGCACCAACCUCGACUGUUCUCGCGUACUCUCAAGACCAUCAAUCACGAGAUUAUAUUGUAGACCAGCACUUUUGCGGGCUUACACUGCUCAUCACACCAAUCCAAAACGUCAAUUGCGGGAUGAAUGUUGAAUCUAGCGUGGUCCUUACUGCGCUCCUGGACUCAAGUCCCCAGAGGAAGGAAGCGAGGCAGAGAUGCUGCUGAUGUUCAUUUCGGAACAAUGCGAGCAUCAGUAUGCCAUCAACUACAAAAUGAACAUCGGGCUUCCUGUGGUGUGUCCGACUUUGUUUUCUUCCAGUGCUCUAUUUUCGUUAGUUUCUUAUCCUGGCGCGCCCGCCGAAAAGAGAUGUUCAGCAUCUACACCACCGAACAGCACCACCUGUGCAUUCUGAAAUCAUCUCGCAGUGCAUCAUGUGUUGAUCUUCAACAGCGUUCCAAUCCAUACUCCCACCAGGCUACCCUACGAACAGCCAUUAUAGGGUGUUACAUCAAUCACGGAAUCUUAACCAGGGCAUCUCUGAUGAAACUUGGUGCCACUCGCUGCCGCGUCAACUCCACGAUGCAAAUCAACUACUAUGCGUUCACCAUUUCUGGCAUCCUGAUGAUACUACAAUAGCCAAAUUUUCGAGGGAAAGCUGAGAGGGCGUGCAUGAAGCGACAGAUGGCCCAAGGAUGAGAUGAGACAUUGAGAUAUGUGCCU